AAUCAAACUACAAAGAAAUACAAUAUCAUACUUCUUUCGAGCCCGGAAGAUCGACAAUAAGCUACAGAAGCCAUGAAUCAACAAGAUCGAUACAAUAAUCAAGUUCCCGCUUCGUAUCCUCCCCCUGCAGGAGAUGGUUACAACAGCACAUAUGUGAUGGCGCCGCCGCCCAUGGGGUAUCCCACCAAGGAUGCGGACGAACAGGAGCAGGUCGGGGGGAGGACUGUGAGCAGGGGCGACGGGUUUUGGAAAGGAUGCGUCGCUGCAUUGUGUUGCUGCUGGUGCCUCGACAUUUGCUGCUGCUGAAAAUACGAAGAUUUGUUAGGUGUUUAUAUGUUUCCUAGUGCCAUACUUGUGCAUUCUUUCAUUAUUUUGUACCCUAGAGAUUCGAUAUACAGCUGCAUUUCUUAUUUCUCCAUUCGAUUAAAUGCUUUGCAGUUUGUAUGAGCGUAUUCCGGAUAUAAGUAACAAACGAAAGAACAUAUAAGUCAUUGAUAUAACGAUAGGAAAUGAAUCAUACAUAAGAAU